UUCUUAACAAUUAUUCUUUUGGGGGUGUUUUUCUUCUUGUUUUGGUUAUUAUAUGAAAGAUCUGACUUUGGGUUUUUUGUUGUUUUUGAUUGAACAAAAAAAGAGUUUUGAGAUCAGAUGGUUAUAGAUUUCUCAGCUUCCUGGUGUGGACCGUGCAAGAUCAUGGAACCUGCUUUGAAUGACAUGGCUGUUAGUUUCACUGAUGUUGAUUUUGUGAAACUUGAUGUUGAUGAGCUGCCUGAUGUGGCACAAGGAUUCGGAGUGCAUGCGAUGCCGACUUUCGUGUUGUUGAAGAACGGGAAGGAAGUGGAUAGGGUGGUCGGAGCUCAAAAGAAUGAGCUUGAGAAGAAAGUUGGCAAGCACAGGUGUUAAAUACCACCAUAACAAGCUGCUAUUUGAACUUUCAGUUUGUACAUUUGCAGUAAUAAAUACCAAAUGGAGUUUCCUGAAUUUGAUGAUGGUAAAAUAAUGCUUC